GAAAGCCAAGCCGCCCGUCACUCACAGGAAGCGCUCCGUUAGCGCGCUGACUUUAGUGGAAGUCCAUGAUCGCACAGACACGUAGUUAUAAUUCACUCAGCGGGACAUCCUGGAAGAGACGGAGAAACCUCAGGAGGAUGCUGAGCAACUCGAACUUGAUGUGAGAAUCGUUACGGCAAGAUGUGAGAUGAACCUGGAGAAAACAGCGACCGAGGCCAACGACAUCAUGUUGGUCCGGACCUCGCACGGCCGCGGCCGAGCCAGAGUGACUCAUGCGGUGGUGGUGAUCUUCCUGGAGUUCUUCGCCUGGGGACUGCUGACCACGCCCAUGCUGACCGUUCUCCAUGAGACGUUCCCUCAGCACACCUUCCUGAUGAACGGCCUCGUUCAGGGAGUGAAGGGCUUCCUGUCGUUUCUGUCAGCUCCUCUGAUUGGUGCACUGUCAGAUAUCUGGGGCAGGAAGUCCUUCCUCCUCAUGACAGUUUUCUUCACCUGCGCCCCCAUUCCCUUCAUGAGGAUCAGCCCCUGGUGGUAUUUUGCUCUGAUCUCAGUCUCAGGGAUUUUCGCUGUGACCUUCUCGGUGAUCUUCGCCUACGUCGCCGACAUCACAGAGGAGCACGAGCGCAGCACAGCCUACGGACUGGUCUCCGCGACCUUCGCAGCCAGUCUGGUGACGAGCCCGGCCAUCGGGGCCUACCUGUCGGCGCAGUACGGUGACAGUCUGGUGGUCCUGGUUGCCACGGUGAUCGCCGUGGCGGACAUCGCCUUCGUGUUCUUCGUUGUGCCAGAGUCGCUGCCGGACAAGAUGCGUCUGACAUCCUGGGGCUUCCCCAUCUCCUGGGAGCAGGCCGACCCCUUUGCCUCUCUGCGUCGUGUGGGGAAAGACAGCACAGUGCUGCUGAUCUGUGUCACAGUGUUCCUGUCCUACCUGCCUGAGGCCGGACAGUACUCCAGCUUCUUCCUCUACCUGAGACAGGUGAUCGAGUUUUCUCCUGCAGCCAUCGCUGCCUUCAUCGCCAUGGUGGGAAUCCUCUCUAUAGUCGCUCAGACUCUCUUCCUCAGUGUUUUGAUGAGGACCAUCGGUAAUAAGAACACAGUUCUUCUGGGUCUGGGCUUUCAGCUUCUCCAGCUGGCCUGGUAUGGCUUCGGCUCUGAACCUUGGAUGAUGUGGGCAGCAGGAACAGUAGCGGCCAUGUCCUCCAUCACCUUCCCAGCAGUCUCUGCUCUGGUGUCACACAGUGCUUCACCUGACCAGCAAGGUGUGGCCCAGGGGAUGAUCACAGGUAUCAGAGGUCUGUGUAAUGGUUUGGGUCCAGCUCUCUACGGCUUCAUCUUCUUCCUCUUCAACGUGGAGCUGAACGACAUGGAGCCAGCGGCAGGAAGACCGUCACAGAGCAUCGAGAAGUCGAUGAUCCCUGGGCCUCCCUUCCUGUUCGGAGCGUGCGCCGUCUUAUUUGCUCUUCUCGUCGCCAUCUUCAUCCCAGACCACCACCGAUUGGCCGACGUCAAGACCUGCUCCGCCCGCAAGUCCAGCAGCACCUCCACUGCUCACGCUCAGAACUCCAGCCCUCUGGCCACGCCCACCAGUGACACGGAGGACAUCGAGCCACUCCUGCAGGACAGCAGCAUGUGACUGACAGCCGGCCCGGCCAAUCACGGCGCUGAGGCCUGAGCUCUGUCUGCUAGUCCCGCCCCCCUUCAGAACAAACGGAUAUCAGCUUUUAUUUUUUUUUUUUAACUUCCUUCAGGUCCAGACGGUUGACAAAAGAGUCGAGUGACGUUUGGCGGCGAUCACACUGACGAGCUUUAUUCACUUUGAUUUUCACAAGUUGUUUGUUUAGCUACAGGAUGUUACGUUGCGUUCACGUGCUCCUCGGAAGGCGUCACUGCCUGAGUGAGGAAGUCGCUCUUCAAACUUCAUUGUGUUCACGUGCGUCUGGUAGGAAUUUCUGCUUUUUAUCGCUCAGAGCGUUUAAACAUGACAUGAAGAGCAAAGAUAACAGAUCACGUUGUCUCUGUUCACGUCAGUGGGAAGCUAUUCCAAUUCAUUUCAAAGCACAUGAGCGCACAAAUUCUAUAUUUCACAGAACUCACGUUUGAUUUGCUUGUUCCUGUUCUGGUUUUGUGAUCCAAAAUCUGAGAUGAUAGAUUGUCUUAUAUAGACUGAUUUUAAUAAUAACAAUAUAAUACAUUGCUGAGCACAACUCAGACUUUCACUCAGCUGUUUCUCAGCUGUGUACAUCAGUUUUAAUCAACAGUGCUGAUUGGAUGACGGUAAAGAGAGGGCGGAGUCACAGCGAGAAGGAAAAGGUGAUGAGGAGUUGAAUUAAAAUGAGGCGGUGUGAACUAGAACUAAAACUAUUAAUGCCGCGUUGCAAAGUGAUCAAACUACACUGAAGCACUUUUAGUAUUAUUGAUCGAACAUCGCACGGAGGCCAAAAUAAUCCUACAAAUCUGAUGAGAAUCAAUAUCUGGCAAAUCUUUUUAUCCACGUUUAUCAAAGCCGUCAGUCUGCUCACCGCCUAAACGCUGUGGAGUCAGCUUCCCUCUGUGUGUCUGCUGCUCCUGACUCCACCCGUCAGGCCUGCAGAGGUCAGGAGAUCAAGCACUCCCCACUGGAAAGGAACAGCGGUGUGUUGAAUUCACAGCUGCACAGUUGACAGUUUUAAUGGAAACUUCCCAUCAGGACGGUGAUGUCAGAGCUGCUCGGGAUUGUGGGAUACGACUCAGGGUGGAAGUGGUCGCCUGCAGGGGGCAGCGUGUUCGUAUCAAACCGUCUACACACUGACAGUUUCAACAGACUGGAAGGUUAAUACGACAAAUACCAGCAUGGCAGUCACUCUCACUGAGCAUGUGCAGGCUCCGCCCAGCUGUGACAUCAUCCUCACGCCAGUUGUUUUGAAGAGGAAAUGGAAACGUCGAUCUUUUGAGAAAAUGAUUUGAACAGUUUGAGGAGCCUGAAGGAGUCACGGAGGGAGAAAACUUAUUUGUGGGCACAAUUUACUGAAUCCUCAUUAUAUUUCACCUCCUUGGUGUGAAAUCUGAUGAUGUGAAUGUAAUGUAACGUAAAUCGUGCUCACUUGUUAUUUUUCCCCUCGUGACACCUGCAGCUCCGUACGCUUGAUUUAUUUAAUCAGAUCAUUUUCAGUAUCGAUGCCUCAUCUUCUUCUUCUUGUGUUUAAAUACUUGAAGCGUGUUGAGUCUGUUUGUUCAACCCAGACUGCUUCAUCUGAACGUGCUCCUCCCACCCGCCUGCCACUCCAGGCAGCACAAAUCAAGCGCUCAUAGUUACUGAUGUUGUGUGAACAUGUUGAACAUGAUGCUCGUCUGUUCUUUAGUUUGAUUUAGAACCACGGCAGGUUGUUGAGAACCAAAAGGUGCCAUGUUUUCUUUCUGUUCCAUUCUUUUGUUACUUUUGCCUUUUUUUUUUAUUCACCAGAUAUUUUUAUCAACCUGUUCAGACCUGAGAUCAGCUUCUGUCCUGAGUGAUCCAAUCACAGGAGGGCGGCUCUGGGUACAGGUGUGGUGCUCCAUUCACUCAAACCACAUUCCUUUAGUAUUUAUCACCACGUCACCAGACCGUCACCUGGUAAAGUCAGCACAUGCUCUACAUGAACAUGCUGUCUGUCUGUCGGUCUGUCUCAGUGAUGGUCGAUGUCACUGUGAACUGACGGACUCCGAGCUGAACGCUGUGAUCGGCUCACACAGGGCGAGUGUUGAUCUGAGGUCUGAUCGGGUCUGUAAGAGGUCAAACUCCACUCGGUUGUCCAGAACUGAGACAAAAUGGCCGACUGUGUUCCUUCUAGUUACAGACGUGAGUGUCGGUGAUCUUUAUCCACCUGCAGUCUGUGGCUGAAUCAGGAGGGUUAACUGGUUUUAUUAACUGUUAGAAGUUUUAAUCUUCAGAUGUUAAAUCUGAUCAGGAUGUUCAUGAAUCCAUGAUAGAUCAUCUGUUUCUUUAAGACCAGCGUAAGUUAUGUCUAGUGUGACGUACAAGCUUCUGACUGGAUGGAUGAAGAGAAGAAACCAAAACUCCAUGUUGGAUGAUGAAUUUCAUAGCUUCACUCUGAUUGGCUGUUUUCAGUUUCCUGAUGUGUCCUGAUGAUGAAGAUGAGGUAGAUGAUGGUGUGCAGCUUCAUGAAGCACAAUCACAUUACAGCUGGAGACGUUUCGCCUCCUCGUUCGAUCUCUAAAACAUCUGAUGUGUGUUGUUGUUAUUAAAGCUCGAGCUCAGUCGGCUCGUUAAAACUUGUUUUUUUCCAACUGAGACUUAAAUCUCGUCCCACAUUUGAUUUUCUUCUUAAAGAUGAUGUCAAAACAGAAAGCUGGACCUACAGUAUAUUUUUCUACAGUCUGAAGCCCAGCAGAGUUGUUACUCAAUUUCCCAGAAUCCACCAGUGUUAUGAGCUACUUCCUGUCUGUCUCUUUAUGUUGCAGCUGCCUUCACGUCCCAUCGGAACACUUUCUCUGUUGUACUGCGAUGAUUAAUCAGUUAACUUAUCAUAAGGUUUAUCUGCAACUGUUUUGAAACGCCAGUGAUCAUUUAGAGGAGCAAUUUGUAAGACAGGGACAGAAUGUUAAGAUAUCUACAGCAGAGAGUGUCUGAGGUUAUUCUGCCCCCUGUAGUUUAAAUUCUCGCCAUUUACACAGUGAGUGACGCAAGCUUAAAACUUUAAGCUUGCGUCACUUCGUCACUUCACCUCAGGCUCUGGGAGAUUUUUGCAGCUGUUCUUUAAAAAAUUUUUCACAGUAUUUAACUGUCGAGGACUGAAAUCAUGACUGAUAUUAUUGUUGAUCUUAUUUGAUCUCUCCAGCUGCAGACUGAAUUUCCUGAGCUGUUUGUGUUCAGACGAUAUUCAACAUUUCAGAAGUUAUGUAGAAAAUCGUUGGUUCUGUUAAAUCUCUCCUCGGCAGCAAAGAUGAGGUUCAGUUCAACUUUCCGAUGAGAUGCGAAGCGACAACAUGGCCGCUGCAGGAAACAGCAGUAACUGAACCGAUGGCGACUGAAGGAGAAGCUUUUUUUUCUUUUGACUCUUUUUGUACGUCAACUCUUGUUGCUGAACAUAAAUCUACAAGGUUACUGAGAAGACUUUCAUUUGGCUGAUAAUUAUUAGAACAGAUGCAGUAACGUAUGCAGUCAGAACCCCCCCCCCCCCCCGUGUACAUGAUGCAGAACUUUUGCUGAUUGCUGCACUUUAAUUUCUCUGAACGUGUGCCUCUAAUCAUUCUUCAUGUUCAUAUCUGUUUUUAUAGAGAAACAAAGAGACGCUGAACGACGUCUACGUGUUGUGCAUUUGCUUUUAUCUUGUUAAGAACAUAAUUUUGAAUAAUAUCUAUAAUAAUAAUAAUAAGAAUAAUGAUGAUAAUAAAGAGAAAUGUAUGGAAUUUGAAA